GGCGAGCAGGGUGCCUUCCCUGGGAGUCGGUGCUUCCCGUGAUGGAAAUAGUAAUGCCGCAGUGACAGACACAUGGCUGCGGAGCGCUGUGGCCGCAGCGGGGCUUUUCCACCUCAGCCGUGUUUCGGCCUCACUGGGGAAAGCAAAGCGGGGCCUGGGGUGUGCCUGGCUCCCGGUGUCCCCACCAGCCUCUCUGCGGGGGGAUUCGUAAUAUGCUUUGUUGUGACCAAGUCCUUCCUGCUGACCUGCUGUUUGCCCAUCUUUCUGAUGGGCAUGAGGUACUACUUCAGUAGAAAAGUUAUCCUCCACUAUCUCGAUUGUGCGCUGCAUACGGACAUGUCUGAUAUUGAGCAAUAUUACAUGAAACCACCAGGCUCCUGUUUCUGGGUCGCCGUCCUGGAUGGCAACGUGGUGGGGAUCGUGGCAGCACGGGGCAAUGAGGAGGACAACACGGUGGAGCUGCGCCGCAUGUCUGUCGACUCCAACUACCGCGGCAAAGGGAUCGCCAAGGCCCUGGGCCGCAAAGUGCUGGAGUUUGCUAUGCUCAACAAUUACUCCUCCGUUGUGCUGGGAACCACGGCCGUGAAGAUGGCAGCCCACAAGCUCUACGAGUCCUUGGGGUUCAAGCACGUGGGUGUUGUCGAACAUUAUGCCCUGCCGGGAAUGACACGCUCCUUAUUGGAGAGAAUGUUUUUCCAGGUCCGCUACCACCGCUACCGCCUGCAGCUGCGGGAAGAAUAAAAAAAAUCCAACCAACCAACCAAACAAAAAAUAUUUUUUUUCCUCCUCCUCCCCCUUCAAAAAUAAUAAAUUACCCUUCUAUUUCUCGUCACUGUUGAUUUGCCAAUUUGGGUUGAGUUUUUGUUCCCUCACGUCAUCUUUUGGUUUGCUCCGUGCAGCUCGAUCGGCCGGCCGAGCAGCGCUCCUUCCUCGCAUGCUGUAGGUGGUGGUGCUGGGAGUCCUGCGACCCGGCGGGGCGGAGCGGAGCGGCGGCCUCUCCUUCCCAGGUACCUCCGUAAAGCACAGAAACUUAACUGCAAAAUAGUACCACUGCUCUGGUGUACAUAGUCUUCUCCUUUUCCAAAUGUAAGAUAACAUAGUGAUGCAUUCAUAAUAGUGCAGAAAUAUUACUUGAAUGCAGUUUUCAGUAUUUCAUGCACCAGUAAGUAGAAUAUGCAUUCGUCUUACCGUUAUUUACUGGUUAAUAGUUUUCAAAGAAAAGGUGGGGGGAGCAAAAACCCUCCCUCCUCAACCCGCUUGCUACAAUGCAUGAAGAGGAAAGCGCGUGUACGCACUCAAACACAUCGCACUGCCACCACGGCACUGGUGUUGCACUUUUUUUGGAUGUGCCUCAUUCUGCCAAAUGUCUGAGAGACCCUGGGUGCAUCCGGUAACCACGACUCCGCUCCAUUCCCCCCCUCCUUCCUAAGCCAGCACAGACUCGGACCGGCUGAACUCUGAGCCCCAUUGUACCAUAGUGUGAAGUUAAGAUCAAACCUAAAUAUCUCCUCCGCUGUUCUGUAGCCACGCGUAACCUGCAGUCCUGGGCCAGACUCCGCAUGUGCGUUGGACUUUCUCUUUGCUGCCUUUUGGGGUUUUUUUUGUUUGUUUGCUUUUUUAAUUUUAUUUUUAUGGGGGUUUUUUGUUGUUGUUAUUAUUUUUAGUUUUGGCUUUUGCUGAAUGGUGUCAUUGAGGCGUAAUGGAGGCUGCAGUUCCUAUGGCAACACAUUUGCACAUUAAUGUGCGUACCAAAUCUAACCACUUCAGAGAAGCAACGUGUGACAGAUAAUAGCAUUUUGGGGAGCGCCGAGGGGGGGUGGGGGAAGAGCGUACUUAUCUUAACCAGCUGCUUGUUUGAUAAAUGUAGAUGGCCUCACUGCAGCCUUCCAUCAAAGGUAAUUAACUGCUUUAAUGAUGUCAGAUUUGUGAAUUGUACAAUGCAAAAAGCAAUGCAAAGCAGAUUCGGCAUGUGUCUGUACCCGGUAUGUAUGUACAGUGCCUGCCAACUAAAGAAUAACCAAGACUACAGCUUCUUCUAGCCUGAGAUAACAACUUUUAUAACUUAUUUAAACAAAUAGCAACUUUGCAUGAAUUACGUCUUGGGGAAAAAGAAGAUCAGUAGGUUUUAAUUUUUAAAACAUGGUAUCAGAAGUAUACAGAAAACCAUUUCUGGCUGCACUUAAUUUGGGGUGGGUGGAGGGGUUCAGGUCUGUUAAUACAUUUAAAGGGAAAACUCCUUUAAUUUAGUUCCUGGGGAAAAACAAGUUACUAUUUUAUGAAGUAUUAUACGUGUGGCGGGGAGUGGGGGGGGAACCCCACCACCUAUCAUGAUGAACUUGAUGAAAGGGUAGAGCAUGUGUUAACCACGCUUGCACUUGCAAACACAAUGGAAGCAUCAGCGGGAGAGCCCCAGAAGGGAGGUGGCUGGUGUGGGGCUGCGGAGAGGAGAGGAGCAGUGGGGCGGACUGAGGGGCGGGCAGCAUGGACCCACGCCUGGGAUGCUGCCUGCAUCUCAUCCGCACAGAGAAGUGCCCUUUCCUCUCCAGCCGAAAGCUUUCCCAGCACUGAGACGUGGCCAGCGACGCUGGAUGAGAGCAGCGGGGAGGGGGCUCGCCCCAUCUCAGGGUGCCGGGAUGGAGGAGCCGUUUGGCACAGCCCCAGUAGCGUGCUCAGUGCUGGGCUCAGGCUUGGUCCAGCCUGUAAGAAGCCGGAGGGGCAGAGUCCCAGUGUGUGUCCCAGCAAUAAGGGGGGAAAUGAGGAUGGUGAAGGGCACUGUAGCAAGAGACCGUGAGCUUAAUUAACAAAAUUUCUGUAUGGGGCACUAUAUUUUUAAAAGUCUUUCUAUGCUGUACAUUUCUCCUGAAGCUGAAAUAAUGUACUGUUGGUAGGGGUUUUUGUAUAGUGUACAGAAAUUGGCAGAAUAUUUUCUUGCUGCAUUCAGUGAUUUAUUAACCGAAGUAAAAUAGACAAAUAUAAAGUGUUAGCAAAAGUUGAAAGAAAAAAAAACACAAAACAGUUUGUGCCUUUUUUAGUUUAUUUUUCUGUUGCUAUAUAAUCACUGCACUAAAACCUUUCCAGAGGGGAAAAAAACAAAAACUAGUCUCUUAAUAAGGGAGGAAUACAUAAAGCCUAAAUUGAGCAUUAAUUUUUUUAUUGGGAUAUUUAAAAGAAUGUUGCUGGUUUUAUUUGAUACCUGUGCCUUUGUAAUAAAACUCCACAUCCUGUCAGAAAAGCCAAACCUGGAAUAAAUCCCACCAGAUCUCACAGACACAGAAGUACCAUCAGGUUACCAGUAUUUUCUUUAAAACAUGUAAACCUUAACUGAUGAUAUUACAGUAUCUGAUCGUAUAAUACCUGUUGAGUUGCCUGGGAAAUAGGUGCUUUGGAAAGGUGCAGCUUUCAGGGUGCUGUCUACAUUCCUCCCUGGGCACGCCGGAUGCUGGAGAUGCACCGAUAAGCACUGAGUCUGAGUCGUUUUCGCUUGGCCAGUAGCUGCCAAGCCAAUUUCUUCCCUUAAUGUUUCUGCCAGUUGCUUUGUGACCGGGCUCUUUGGAAGAAAUCCAGCUGGUUGCUCCCAGCUCUCCAGCCAGGACAGCUCAUUUCUGAAGGAAAGGGCUGGGUGCCAAAUAGGCUGAGUUUUGCUUUCCUUGAAGGAUGGAGAGAGCUGGCGGGUGAAACACCACUGAUCACAGCCCUGGUUUUUAUUGGGAAGCCCACGAGGCUGCCAGAGCUGCAUCCCUGCUGGCAGCAGUGGGACCAGGGGUACAGGACCUCCAGUGUUGCUGUUGCUUUCCCACCCAGAGCUGCUCUGAAUAGGAUUAGACAAGGUUGGCUUAAGAGCACCAAGUGAUACUGCCGUUUCAUCUGCAUUGACGGGAAGUUUCCCUAAACGUGAUAGCUCAGGGCUCAGCUCCGGAGCCAGGAGGUGGCUGCUCUGCAUGGCUCCAGGGCUCUGGACCACACCAGGCUCACCCACUGCCCCCCCAGGGUCCAGCCUGCCUUGCCCUCCCUGCCAGGGCCAUGGUGCAGCUCACAGGGUGACACAUUGAGGUUGAACUGCCUUUGGGGCAUCCAUCUGUCGCUCUGCCUCUUUCAGGGUGCGCUGGUUUAAACAACAUUGCAUGCAGAAGAUCCCAGCUAAUCGGUUGUGUCUCCCUUUGGGGAGCUUCUUCCAUCUACACCAGAUAGCUGUGCUCACCACAUCCCUGCAUGGGGACCACCCCCAUCUCCCCUUUCUCCAGGCUUGACUUUUCCCACCCCAGUUCAGUGGCUGUGUGAGUGCAGAGCAGCACAAGAUGGUUGUGGGUUUGGUCCUGAUCAGAAGAGCUUGUGAUCUUGGACCUAUUGCCAGAUACGCCUUGAGAUCCUGUUGCCAGUUGUUGAGUCUUAAUUCCAACAGAGACUCAUGUCAGUGUGAGAUGGGAGGGGAUGCUCCUAAUUUAUUUUGGUGGUUUCUCUUUCCAAGGACACUUCUAGCUGGAGCGUGUGGAAGAGUGGAGCGACUUUCAGCUUUUAGCCUCUAUAAACAUGAUGGCUCGUACGACCACUUUGGAUGUAGUUGGAGUUGUGAAGGAACUUCCCCUAGCUGUGCCAGGUGCCUGCUUUUCCUUUGUUCUGCACGCUGGUUAUUGCAGCCCACUGCCCCUGGCUGCACGCCAUGCGGUGGCACUGAGGAGGCAGUUUCCUUGCCUGGCAGCUCCUUAGUGUUGUGAUGACUUCUGCUAAUCCCUGUGCAGUGGGCACUGCUUGAGUGUCCUCUGCCCGGAGGGGACUGGGGCAGAGCCCUUGCUCCAUGGGGGAAGGCACCAGGUGUGAUGUCCAAAAAUGAAA